AUGGUCAUUGGUUGCCCACUUUCGAAGUUUCAUGCCACAGUGUUCAACGAUCGCCACGGAUUCCUCGCAAAGCUGUCUCGCCUCUUGAAGUGUGUUUACGCUGGUCACCAAGUCAUCGACGUAGUGUGGAGGCCCUUCCGCUCCGAUCCGCUCCGGAGCAGUGGCGUCCUACGCCAACUUCCACCGGAUCGUAUAACAAGAGCCGAACCCUUUGAGGUGACUGGAGUAGAUUUUGCGGGGCCGCUCUUUUACAAAGCUCCAGACGUCAACUCAAAGAAAUGCUACAUAGCCUUGUUCACGUGUGCGGUGACGCGAGCCGUGCACCUGGAAAUUGUAGACGACUUGACAACCCAAAGGUUCCUAAUGGCAUUUCGUCGCUUUGUGUCCAGAAGAGGACUGUGUAAAGUCAUUUAUUCCGACAAUGCGCUAACCUUCAAGCGAGCAUCCAAGGAUCUGAACAGCCUCUGGAAGAGCGUACGCCACCCCGACGUACUCGACUACCUCUCUCAGAGCCGCAUCCAGUGGAAAUUUAUCGUCGAGAGAGCAGCAUGGUGGGGCGGCUUUUGGGAGAGGUUGGUGCGGACGGUAAAAGAUGUUCUGCGGAGAUCGUUAGCGAAGGCUCUACUACGACACGAUGAACUCGUCACAGUUCUGACAGAGGUCGAAGCCAUUAUCAAUUCACGCCCUCUCACCAGUGUCUGCGACUCAGCUGAGGAUCUGUCUGUUCUUACCCCCUCUCACUUCCUCAUUGGACGGAGACUGACGGCGCUGCCAGCAGGCACAGCUACACCCACAACGUCGGACAGCAACACCCUCAUCAAGAGUUACCGAUAUCGUGAGCAGCUGCUGAAUUCCUUCUGGAACAGAUGGCGAAAGGACUACCUGUUGCAACUUCGGUCCAAUCACAUUAUUAAAAGCGGAGUCGGAGCGACAUUGAAGCCUGGGGACCUUGUCCUCCUUGUGCAGGAGCGCUUGCCGCGACACUUGUGGCAGGUAUGCCGCGUGAACUCUGUUAUACCCGGAGCGGAUCGGAGAGUGCGGGUGUGCAUCGUUCGGCUGCCUAGCAGCGCACUGUUACGUCGACCAGUGCAACUCCUUUGCCCACUAGAGAUUGUAUAA